AUGCCCUGGAAAGAUUUUUCUGCUGUGUUGAAGUCCAAGGUAAUGGGAUCCAAGAAUCUCGAUGGGAUAUUUCAUGAUGAGCCGUUGGACUGUUUCAUCUGCUUUUCGUCUACAACCUCGAUCGUCGUAAGCAUUGGCCUGUCUGCCUACGCUGCCGCCAACCAAUACAUCACGAGUAUAAUCGAACAAAGACGUCAGCGCGGUCUACCGAGCUCCGUCAUUCAUAUCGCUUUCUUUACAGGGUUUGGAUACAUUUUCCGGCGCGAUGCGGAGCAUACCGAGACCAUUCACAAGGCGAUUCUUCCGCGAUUUGAAAGACAAUCGGAGACGGGUCUAUACGAGAUGCUGGCCAAGGCCAUAACCUGCGGACGACCUGGUUCAGGCGAGACGGCUAAACUCAUCACCGGUAUCAGGACAGUCUUCCAGGGCGAAUGGCGAGACGAUCCUCGGCUCUCUGGCUAUAGCGGCCAGCAACAGCUGCAGAAUGAUUCCAACCAAGAGCAGGAUGCUAAGGUCUGCGACGAUGUUACGCUCUUGUGUCGUAGUUUUGUAGACAGCUGGAUUGAAGAUGGUUUUUGCGAUGUGGUGAAGGAGAAAGGGUUGUGA